AUGAUACCGGAUUCGAACUGUGACAGGGAACUGCUCGUUGGCCACCUAAAUCAGGAUGGCACGUUAGAAGCCAAGUCUUUGGAACUUUCCGAUGAGCUUAGUAAAUACAAUAUUUAUGUGGCGUGUGUUCAGGAGACUAGGUGGAAGGGUUAUGAUUCGACCGCGGUAAAAAGGUAUAAGUUGUGGUAUGUAGAGUUGGAUGGCAGACGUAGUGGGGUUGGGAUCCUCGUAUCCAACAAGCUCUUGGAACAAGUGGUCAAUGUGAAUAGGUGCAAUGAUAGGACUAUGUUGGUUAGAAUAGUACUAGGAGGAGAAAUCACGUCUAUCAUUAGUGCUUAUAGGCCACAAGUUGGUUUAGAUGAACUGGAGAAACUCUAUUUUUGGGACUGCACAAAUAACAUUAUAGGAAAUAUCCUAAGAGAUGAGAAAGUUUUCGUAGGAGGAGAUUUCAAUGGGCAUAUGGGCAAGGAAGCAGAUAGUUAUGAGUCAGUCCAUGGCGGUUUCGGCCUAGGUGUGAGGAAUGAGAGUGGAGAACAACUACUACAUUUUUCUCUAGCCCAUGAUUUGGUUAUAGCAAAUUCUAUCUUUAAAAAGAAAGAGGAACACUUGAUCACAUACAAGAGUGUCGUACACACGACCCAAAUUGACUAUGCCUUAGUGCGUAGAACUGAUAAAGUCUCAUCUCGAGAUUAUAAGCUAGUUUUUGGUACAAAGAUGCCAACUCAACAUCGUUUGUUUGUGUUGGUCUUUCAUAUUGAGCAAAGCAGUUGUCGACAAGAAGAUACAAAAGAGGGAGAGAAACAUAUUUUCAAGCUUGCAAAGGCCAAAUCCCGUAAGAAGCAAGAUGUUGGGAUAGAAGACAUCAAAACAAGGUGGUAUCAGUAUUUCUCUCAAUUGCUAAAUGAAUCUAGGGGGCCAGAGGAGGAGGGAGGACAGACUCCUAAUGUUCUAAACCAACACGAAUAUGGGACAAUCAAGAACAUAACCACAUAUGAAGUUAGAAAAGCUCUCAAAGAUAUGGGAGAAGGCAAAGCUAUUGGCCUUGACAACAUUCCUAUCGAGGUAUGGAGGUGUUUAGGAGAAGAAGGGAGAUCAACCACUGAGGCUAUACAUGUGCUUAGAAGACUAAUGCAAAAAUAUAGGGAGAAGAAAAAGGAUUUGCAUAUGGUGUUUAUAGAACUAGAGAAGGCUUAUAAUAGCAUACCGCGAUAUAUUAUCUGGGAGAGCUUGGAGAAAAAGGACAUCUCGUAG